AUGCGUCUCGUCAGCCUAGCCCAACUCCUUCCCAGCAUUUUACUAUUCAGCUAUGCCCUCGCCGCGAAGUCCUCAGGCCAGAUACCAAUCAGGGACGGUGUGAUUGGCGGGGUCGGCAAAACUCCUGCGCUAGAGGCCGACCGACCCCUCGAGCUCAAUGAGAAUCUUUCCCCGCUGGUGACCCCCGGUGCGCUCCGUGUCGUGGAAAACUCUGGGGUGUGCGAGACGACUCCUGGCGUUUACCAGGCCUCCGGAUAUGGCGAUCUGUCAGCUACCGAGAGUAUUUUCUUCUGGUACUUUUCGUCGCGCAGCCCCAAUGCGUCUGCACCUCUCACGCUGUGGUUCAACGGUGGGAUCUUCUUCAAGGACCCGCGAUUUGCGUCGCUUGCCACGCACGAUUUGGCCAUCUGGACCGAGUCCUACGGCGGGCACUACGGUCCGACGUUUGCCGCCUACUUCUUGCAGCAGAAUAAGGCGAUCGCCGCCGGAACCGUUAAGGGACUGACCCUGAACCUCAAGACAUUGGGUAUCGGCGACGGCUUGACGGAUCCGAUCACUCAAUAUCCGGGGUACCUGACCUACGCGGCGUCCAACCCGUAUCACCCACUUGUCUCUGCCACCACGAUCUCAGCAGCAACGAAGGAGUAUAACACGGCGACCACAGGGUGUAAAGCCCGAAUCACGGCUUGCAACGCUGGUGGCUCAAAUGCGGUGUGUUCUGCGGCUCAGAGCACGUGCAAUAACAACAUCCUGUCCCCGCUCGUCGGAAACUUCGACGUGUAUUACAUCCUAUCCGGCUCCAACGACCCGUACCCACCCGACAUCUCUUCCUUCCUAGCCUCAGUCCGCACCAAAGUCGGCGCUGAGGUGACCUGGGCGGAGACCAACAACAACGUGUACAACAAUUUCGCUGCCACCGGGGACUGGAUGCGCAGCUCACUGCCCAACUUGGAGACAGUGAUCAACGCUGGGGUCAGGGUCACGAUAUACGGAGGAGAUGCCGACUAUAUCCUCAACUUUAAUGGCAUUGAGAACAUGAUCGCGUCGAUGAACAACCAGUUCAGCGCACAGAUCAAUGCUCAAGCAUUCAAGCCAUUCACCGUCAAAGGUUGCUAG